GAGGUUUGAUUGAUUCUCUCAAAAAGCAAAGACAUCGCACCGUCAACUUCUCAGAUCUCUCUCUCUCUUCGUUUUUGUUAUCUCUCUACCAAUGGAGGAUAUGAGGGUGAUAAAAGAAGAGGAACCAAAUGAAGAAGAAGAAGAAAUAUCCGAUAAGUUUCUCUGCUGCGUCUGCCUGGAACUUCUUUACAAACCAAUUGUGCUAUGUCCAUGAGUGGUCUGCGUGUCUCUCAUUGCCCCAUCUGUAGAGACCCUUAUCUUCACUUCCCCACUGUCUGCCAAAAGCUUCACUUCCUCCUGAAAAAGUUAUACCCGAUUGCCCAUAACAAGAGGGAAGCACAACUUUUAAAGGAUGAACAAGCACUGGAGUGUUUCUCUCCUCAGAUUGAUCAACCAAAGGCUAAGCUUCAGUCCCCAACUGUCUCUGAUGAGGGGAAGGUUGAAGCUUGCUCUAAUCCAGCAGUAAGGUUAUUAUCCAGCAAUGAAGAACCCCUAGAAGAUACAAAAACUGUUAACAUUCAUGAGAAUGGCAAGUUCAGUCAGCAAAUUUCAAAAGAGGAUUUGCUCUGUUCAGCCUGUAAGGAGCUGCUCGUGCGACCCGUGGUUCUCAAUUGCGGACAUGUGUAUUGCGAAGGUUGUGUAGUAGAUAUGAUGGAUCAAGAGAGCGAAAAGAUCAAAUGCAAAGAGUGUCAUGUCUGUGACCCGAGAAGAUUUCCGAAAGUUUGUUUGGCUCUUGAGCAGCUUUUGGAGGAAAAUUUUCCUGACGAAUACAAUUCAAGGACAAGUGGGAUUCAGAAAACGCUUGCUCACGAUAGCAUAGGAAAUUUUCAAAACUAUCACAAAGAAGCCACAUCCUCAUCAGACAACAACAACAAUGGUCUUCCAAGGUGGGCAAACCCUGCCUGCAAUGUUCACAUCGGAGUUGGUUGUGAUUCUUGCGGAGUGUAUCCAAUCAUCGGGGAACGAUACAGAUGCAAAGACUGCAAGGAGAAAAUGGGGUAUGACCUUUGCAAAGACUGUUACGAGACUCCUUCUAAAGUUCCCGGGAGAUUCAACCAGCAACACACUCCUGACCACAGGUUUAAGCGUGCAUCGUCUCGUCAGCUUCCACUCAAUCUCAAUUCUGUCGGUAUUCUUCUGGGACCUAUGGUCCGUGAAGGCAUUAAUGCACAAGGUAGUGAUGAGAGCGAAGAAGGGCCUCGUGAUUCUAAUGAGUCAUCAUCACCAAGCACAGAAUGAAAUACCAAUCUUGAGUAUAUUGGUAUCUAAUGAAGAUACUUGUUGAAACAUGGUUUGCGUUUGUGUUCGUAUUAGUUUAUAAUAGCUAUCUUUUUUCUUAUUGAUACUGUGUAGUACUCUCGUGUGUAAGCGAGAUUGAGAUUGGGCUUCUUCACACGUGUAACUGUACCAACUCACACAGCCUGCUGAAAGUAAUAUGCGUCAAACUAGAUGUCAUCUGGUUGCAACAGCAGCUGCGUUUGGGUUCUUGGUUCAUGUAAAUAUGUCAGCUCUUUUGAUUAUUCGUUCAUCCGAUGAACCAAAACAACCAAAUAAUGAUGUCAAUUCUUAUUAAUUACUACAUAAGCGUUUAACACC